GCCGGCCUCUCGUCCCAAGGCAGCUUCGAGGAUGACGACGACGACGAUUGGGAUGACUGGGACGACUCUUGCACGGUGGUGGAGGAGCCCCGCGGUGCUGCCGGCACCAACGGGCACCCGGCGGUGGGACCGGAGCCCUACGGAGCGCCCCGUGCCAAGCCGGCGCUGGAGAGGCAGGACAGCGUGGGCUCCUCCAAGAGGGGCAGCGUGGUGGGCAGGAACCUCAACCGCUUCUCCUGCUUCGUGCGCUCGGGCGUGGAGGCCUUCAUCCUUGGCGACGUGCCCCUCAUGUCCAAGAUCGCCGAGGCUUACGGCAUCGAGAUGGGCUCCAAGGGCCCACAGUGGCGAGCCAACCCGCACCCCUUCAUCUGCUCCGUGGAGGAUCCCACCAAGCAGACCAAAUUUAAGGGCAUCAAGAGCUACAUCUCCUACAAGCUGACCCCCAGCAACUUCAACUCGCCCGUGUACCGGCGCUACAAGCACUUUGACUGGCUCUACAACCGCCUGCUGCACAAGUUCACCAUCAUCUCGGUGCCCCACCUGCCUGAGAAGCAGGCCACGGGGCGCUUCGAGGAGGACUUCAUCGAGAAGCGCAAGCGGCGCCUGAUCCUGUGGAUGGAGCACAUGACGAGCCACCCCGUCCUGUCGCAGUACGAGGGCUUCCAGCACUUCCUCCGCUGCCGCGAUGAGAAGCAGUGGAAGCUGGGCAAGAGGCGGGCUGAGAAGGACGAGAUGGUGGGCGCCAGCUUCCUGCUCACCAUCCAGAUCCCCACCGAGCACCAGGACCUGCAGGACGUGGAGGACCGCGUGGACGCCUUCAAGGCCUUCAGCAAGAAGAUGGACGACAGCGUCCUGCAGCUGACCAACGUGGCCUCCGAGCUGGUGCGCAAACACGUGGGGGGGUUCCGCAAGGAGUUCCAGAAGCUGGGCAAUGCCUUCCAAGCCAUCAGCUACUCCUUCCAGAUGGACCCCCCCUACAGCUUAGAUGCCCUCAACAAUGCCAUCUCCCACACGGGCAAGACGUACGAGGCUGUGGGGGAGAUGUUUGCGGAGCAGCCCAAGAAUGACCUCUUCCUCAUGCUGGACACUCUCUCUUUGUAUCAGGGGCUCCUUUCCAACUUCCCAGACAUCAUCCACCUCCAGAAAGGAGCCUUUGCAAAGGUGAAGGAGAGCCAGAGGAUGAGCGACGAGGGCCGGAUGGACCAGGAGGAGGCGGAUGGGAUUCGCAAGCGCUGCCGCGUGGUGGGCUUCGCCCUGCAAGCUGAGAUGAACCACUUCCACGAGCGGCGCGUGGCCGACUUCAAGAGGAUGAUGCAGUCCUACCUGAAGCAGCAGAUCAUCUUCUACCAGCGUGUCAGCCAGCAGCUGGAGAAGACGCUGCGCAUGUAUGACAACCUCUAACACACCUGCCUGCCGCCCGUCUCGCAUCGCACCGCUUUCAGCCACAGCCUCACGGAGCAUCUCUGCUUGGGAGGGCUGAGAACGGGUGGGAACUCAUGACGCUAGUGACCAAAUACCUUUGGGCUUUCCUCCAGCCUGGCUGCAGGACUGUGGUGAGGACAUGUGUGCUCCCACGGGACAGAUGGACAUGUGUGCCUUUGGCACUGCCCCGUGGUUUUUAGCUCUCCAAAAACCCGUCCUCGUGGAGCACUGCGGCUCACUGGGAGGAGAAAUCCAAGCGGUCGACAUUUUGCACAAUGAAAGUUUUUCUGAUGGGAAAGAAAACACAAAAAGAUCUUUAUUUGGAAGAGGGUUUUC